AUGACGAACGAACAAGAACGAAGUGACGAAAGCCAGGAAACAAAUCUGGGAAUCCAGACCAUCCUGAAGGCAGUACAAGGGGUGAUGGAAAUUGUGCGGAAGCUAACCGGUGUUACUGUGUCAUCGGAGGAAGCACUUUCAGCUAUUAUUGAGGAGAGCGAGAGCGAGAGUGAUCGUACUAGCCCAAAUGGAGGCGCUGGGUAAACUCUUGGGAAUAUCAGAACACUCUUCCAUUGACAGAGCCAAGGCUGGAGCUGUCUGUAGAUUGGUACAUGGAAAAUGUACUAUACACAACUCCCCAGUUCCCACCCGACACUUUCUCCGUUGACAUCGCCUCCGCAUACGCCCUCGUACCAAGCCUGUUUCGUUUCAUCCGUUCUCCCAAUAUUGCGAAAAACUACUGUUAUCCAACCCAGAAAACGACUUCUAAUGCAGUUCCUUGAACCAUGUUGCCAUGGACAUAGUGGUGAAGCAGUCUUUUGUUAGAGAAG